GUACGCUCGUAUGACGUAUGUAAACACGAAUCCUGUCAUCGCAUAUGAAUUGUGAAUCUCGCCGUUCCCAUUCAUCCCGUUUGCCAAUGUUUUAAAAUGGCGGACGCGAACGAGAAGUUGCUAGCGGAACUUCUGAAAAAGUCUGGGAACAACGUAUGCGCGGAUUGCGGGGCCAAAAAUCCAGAAUGGGCAUCUUACAAUAUAGGUAUAUUCGUUUGCACAAGGUGUGCUGGUGUACACAGAUCUAUGGGAGCACAUAUUUCAAAAGUGAAGCACUUAAAAUUAGAUAGAUGGGAAGAUUCUCAAGUGAGUAGGAUACGCGAAGUAGGUAAUAAUAAAGCAAGAAUGCGCUACGAAGAACGUGUGCCCUCGUGCUACCGCAGACCAAAUCCAGAUACUCCACAAGUUUUAGUUGAACAGUGGAUAAGAGCAAAAUACGAGAGAGAGGAAUUUUGUCAUCCUGAAAGACAAAAUCAUUAUGUAUCAGGAUUUAUGGAAGGGUUUUUAAUGAAACGUGGAAAGGAAGAUUCACGUUAUCAUCCUCGUAAAUUUGUACUUCGCGAAGCAGAGGAUACACUCAAGUAUCAUGUUAAAGAAAAUAAGGAACCCAAAGCAGUUUUAAGGAUAUCAGAAUUAAAUGUUGCAUUUGCACCACCUAAAAUUGGCAAUCAGAAUAGUCUUCAACUGUCCUUUAUGAAAGAUGGCACGACGAGACAUAUCUAUGUGUAUCACGAAGAUCCAGAAGUAAUCACGAAUUGGUACCUUGCCAUCAGGUGUGCGAAACUACACCGCUUACAAGUAGCGUAUCCAGGUGCAAAUGAGAAUGAGUUACUGUCGCAACUUACAAGGGAUUUCCCGCGCGAAGGCUUUCUAUGGAAAACUGGUCCAAGACAUACAGACGCUUAUAAAAAAAGAUGGUUUACCUUAGACGGUAGAAAACUCAUGUAUCAUGACGAUCCUAUGGAUGCACAUCCGAAAGGUGAAAUCUUUCUGGGUCAUAGUUCCGAAAGCUUUGCGGUAAAAACGGGCGUACCACAGGGUGCUAGAGAUCAAGGGUUUUCGUUUACUCUUGAAACACCUGAUAGAACUUACUUGCUCUCUGCACAAAGUGAUGACGACAGAUCGCAAUGGAUUAGUGUGAUACAAAAAGUAAUAGAUAAACCACUAACGCCACAGGACGCGACCGUAGCGGCGAGACUCGUAAGAAAGCGCACAACAAGCGGAACAAUGAAUAUAUUUUCGUCCACGAGAUAGGGCUGGAUUCCUCUUAGACGUCUUUCUUAAUUAUAUGCCGGUAAUCGAAUCGUAUCGAAAUAAAUAAAUAUAUGACUCAGCACACA